GACGAUCAGAUUCAGCUUCAGACCAAACUAACACCUUCCUCUGAGUGAGUCCAGCUACAGGAGAGAAAAGUGGAAACUACAACACUGCUGCUUCAAGCUGCUGACUCUCCACACACUGAAGGUGAGUUUGACCAAAAUCAGGAAGUUAGUAGAAGACGGAGGAGAGCCAUGACUGACUGGACUUUGUGUCUGCUGUGUUCCAGCUUCACUCAGAGACUAAAUGGCUUCCAGAUCAGAGGAGGAUCUCUGCAGUCUGCACUCUGAGAAACUCAGACUCUUCUGUCUGGACCAUCAGCAGCCAGUGUGUGUCGUCUGCAGAGAUUCACAAAAACACUCCAACCACAGAUUCAAUCCCAUCGAUGAAGCUGCACCACAGCACAAGAAGAUCCUUCAGGGAACUCUGGAGCCCUUAAAGGAGAAGUUAAAGGUUUAUGAACGAGUUAAAGUGAAGUUUGAUGAAACAGAAAAACACAUCAAGGUCCAGGCCCGACACACAGAGAGGCAGAUUAAGGAGCAGUUCAAGAAGCUUCACCAGUUUCUAGCAGAGGAAGAGGAGGCCAGGAUGGCUGCACUGAGGGAGGAAGAGGAGCAGAAGAGUCAGAUGAUGAAGGAGAAGAUGGAGGCUCUGAGCAGAGAGAUAGCAGCUCUUUCAGACACAGUCAGAGCCACAGAGGAGGAGCUGAGAGCUGAAGACGUCUCAUUCCUCAACAACUACAAGGCUGCAGUGGAAAGAGUCCAGCGCUGCCCCCUGCUGGAUGAUCCACAGCUGCCCUCAGGAGCUCUGAUAGACCAGGCCAAACAUCUGGGCAACCUGGCCUUCAACAUCUGGAACAACAUGAAGGACCUGGUCUCCUACACUCCUGUCAUUCUGGAUCCAAACACUGCUUAUCCAUAUCUGAUCCUGUCUGAAGAUCUGACCAGUGUGAGAGGAGGAGAUAAACAACAACUUCCUGAUAAUCCAGAGAGGUUUGAUUGGUUCUGGUCUGUCCUGGGCUCUGAGGGCUUUAACUCAGGGACUCACAGCUGGGAUGUUGAGGUUGGAGAUAACACAGUGUGGGAACUAGGUGUGUCAGCAGAGUCUAUCCAGAGGAAGGGAGACAUAGGAUCUGGAUUGUGGAGGAUAGGGUUCUAUGAAGGUAAAUACACAACAUGGUCACCAUCAGCUCCUCACACUUUUCUCCCAGUAAAGAAGAAGUUCCAGAGGAUCAGAGUGAAUCUGGACUGGAACAGAGGAAAUCUGUCCUUCUCUGAUCUUAAUACUAACACACACAUACACACCUUCACACACACUUUCACUGAGAGGAUGUUUCCAUUCAUUCUCACUGUGGAUAAACUCCCUGUGAAGAUUUUACCAGUGAAUCAGAUCAGUUAGAGGUAAACAGGAUGAUUGUGUAAAUGAUGCCAUUUCACAUUGCACAACUUUUUCCAACCAAAGACACUGCUCUCUGUCCAAAAAGAAUAUUUGGGACAAUUUUUAGUGGACAGAUGAGACCAGAGUAGAAUAGUUUGGUUUAAAUGUUUGGGAUUUGUCAUGUUUGGAGAUGAACCAACACUGCAUUCCAGCAUCAGAACCUC